CAGGUAAAGAAAGAAGUUUUGUCUUGGUGAAGAAGAUAUCUCCAAAUCCUCAAAUUUAGAUUAUUUUGUCCUUCCAGCUGAAGAAAUGAUCGAAUUUUAGUCCUCUAGGUUAUAAAUGUGAUGCAGUGGCUAGUGAAUUUGGCCACAAAUGGAGCAGCAGCAAGAAGUGCAAAGUGUCCUGGUGGUGUGGAGAGGACAAAGUUUUGUUGUGGAGAUGAAUCCAAGUGCCACUCUUAAGGAGAUGGGGCAAAAAUUGCAAGAACUCACAAAUGUCGAGGGGGAUACUAUGCGCCUAUUUGUUCCCUUCGAGAAGAGUUCAAAAGUGUUCUAUCCUUUUUCGAAUGAGCAUUCUCUUCUAAACUUGGAAUCAAUAUCAGUUUUUAAGGGAAAAUCUAUCCGAAUGAUGGGAGUGCCCAAAGAUGAGGUUGAUGAAAUCCUACAAAAUGAGAAAGCCAACCAUAGAAUCGCUGGUUUUGAUGAAGAAGAGAAGAGAAUGAAGCAGAGAUAUGCUUAUGGAUCCAUUCCAACACCGAAACUUCCUCAAGGAAACUAUAUCUUCUGCGAUUUUCAAACACUUAGCCUUCCUGGAAUAGAGUUAAAUCCUCCUGCGUCAAAGGCUCUCAAUUUGCUGCAUAAGCUUGCUUCUGACCCAGGAAUUGUUGCAAUUAUGAAUAAGCAUCGGUGGCGUGUGGGAUUGCUGACCGAACUGGCACCAGUUGGGUAUGUCGGAGUGAGUCCCAAGUGCAUCCUUGGCUUCAAUAAGAAUCAUGGUGAAGAAAUAUCACUGAGGCUUCGGACUGAUGACCUCAAGGGUUUUAGAAAAUAUGAAAGCAUCAAAAAGACUCUUUUGCAUGAGCUGGCACAUAUGGUCUUCUCCGAACAUGAUUCAAACUUCUUCGCUCUGAAUUCACAGCUUAACAAAGAAGCUGCUACUCUUGAUUGGACAAAAUCGAGAGGCCAUACUCUGAGUGGAUUCUCCUAUUCAGGACAUGAAGAGGAGGAGUUUGACACUGGUAGCAACAUGACUUCACAUAAGCUUGGAGGGCAGACUUCUUUCCUUCCUAAUGCCCGGGCGGCUUCAGUGAAUGCAGCUUUUGAGCGUUUAGCUAAUGCAUCUACCAACUCUUCAGGAUCAUCUGAGGAAUCUGGUGCUUUACAGGCUUCUGAUGUCGAUGGCAAUCAGAAUGGGGAAGAGCCUGAUAUUGACGACUCUAUACUUGAGCCUGAUAUGGAAUCACAGCAGAGUCAUGUUGAUAUGAAUUCACAUCAUGAAGAAGGCUCAUUGCUGAAGAGGAGUGAGCAAUCUGACAUUGACGAUUCCAGGAUUGGCCACAUGGAGGUCACCAUUCAGGAAUCCAAUCUUGAUGAUUCUGUAGAAGACCGAAAUGAAAUGAGAGUUCAAAAUGCCGUCCAACCUGAUGGAAUGAAUAUUCUUACGUUAGAAAACACUGAAUUGCGUGGCAGUUUGAGUACUCAUCUUGAUGGACUUCAUCCAAAUGAUUCUACAGCCGGAGAAACGCAGCUAGAACAUGAUCCUGUCGAGGCAGCAACUGGUACCCAAACCGUUGAGCCUGAUCCUGACAAUCUCGAGUUGCAGGUUAUCCAAGAUCCGGUUAUCAUUUUCUGUAAUCAUCUGCAGAGUGCAAUCCAGUCCUUGAAAUAUGAAGCUAAGCCCUCAGAAGCUGGUACUGUCCUGCAAACUUUAAUUAAAAUAAUACGUAAUAUAAUCGAACAUCCGGAGGACAUGAAGUUCAAAAGGUUAAGAAAGGCGAAUCCGAUGAUACAGAAGAAUAUUCUUACUUACAAAGCUGCUGUCAAUAUUCUAACACUUGUCGGCUUUUGCGAAGACAAUAUUGUGGAUGAAUGGGGAAGGGCUGAAGUCUUUUUAACCUUAAAGCGAAAUGACCCAGGCUUGUUAUGGCUGACAAAAUCUUCGCUCGAGUCCCAUGUCUCAUAGCCUUCGAACGAGGUAGGCAGCAAUGUCGCAAUCUAUUAGGUUGCAAUAAUUUGAAAUUGUUGAAAGGGAACACAUUAACGACUAUCAAUGUACAAAAACAGAUCUGUGUGCAAUAAAGGAAGGUUUAUUUGUAUCCAUAAUUCCCUUGGUGCAAAAACAGCUAACAGAACAUGCUGGCAAAAACAGUUCUUAGUUCAGAUCCAGAUAACAUUUAGAUUGCAAACUGGAAAUUCGAGAUGGCAGUCAGACAUUUUGAUUUAUGAAUCAUGUGAUCAAGCAGAAGAGCAAAGAUGGAUCGGAUCAGCUAAGUUUACAUGAAGAAAUAAACAACGCGAGCGAAGCAUGUAAGAAGUAUACUAUAGUCGCCAGCCUUGGUUACGGUCCAAACAUUAAUUCAAACAGAGAAAUCUUUGGAGUAAAACAAGAGACUACUUCAAACAAAAGAACUUUGGAAGUAAACAAGAGACGCGGGGGACAAGGAGUUGUCUGAAACCGAAAUCCAAGGGUGCCUUCUGUCAGUUCAGUAUGUGCAAUGAAAAUCACAAUUCUCUCCCCACUUUAGCACCCCAACUUUCAUGUAAAAAGUCAUCAUAGUUGGAGACAAAUCUGACCUUCAACCAUGUUCAAGAAACCUGUAAUGAGGCAGAGCAGUCAAGGACCUUCCAUGGAGAUGUCAUUAACGGGAGAAGUAUUUGAAUUGGCGCCGAAUUCGUUGUUUUGUGCAGUGGUGUUUUGACUCUGCCCGGCUCCAAAAGUGAAAACCUGGGGGGUGUCCAAUUGGGGACGCAAAAAUAUUGAAGCACUCGCAGUGUUGCUGAAGACCGGAGCUGUGACUGGCGGAUCAUUUGGCAUUGAGUAGCCGAAGCUGAAUGGUGGCUGGUUAGGCAUGGCGACACUGCUGCUCUCAUUUAAACCAAAAAGUUUCUGUUCAAACUCCUCUAAUUGCUGGGAGACAUCUGGGAAUCAGUAGAAUAAAAAUUAGGUCAGCAGUGGUAUUACAGAGAUCCAUCGGAAACUAAGGAUCCCCAGUAUUGUCAGUACCUAGGGUUAAAGGAAGUAAUAAAUUACAAGUGAUGUAUACAGUUCGAAAAGGCAUCCAAGUAACUCUGUGAGUAAUUAUUCAAUGAAAGCUUUAUAAAUGACAGAAGUAUAUUAACAA